AAAUUUUGCAACGAGCUUACUCUUCAGGUCACUUAAUCGCCCAUCACACUUGGUCUCACCCAUACUUGACAGGUGUCAGUGCUGAUGAAGUAAAUUAUCAAAUGGAAUUCUUAAAUGAAGCAUUUAAGAAAAUUCUCGGUGUUACUCCAAAAUAUUUCCGUCCUCCGUACGGUGAUGGUGUUAAUAAUGCUAACGUAAGAUCUUCUAUGUUAGCAAACGGAAUGGAUAAAUUGGUAAUUUGGGAUGUGGAUACUCAAGAUUCUAUUGACGGAGUCACUGAAUCACAGAGUGAGGAUAAUUUUUCUAAUGGGAUUAGUGAUCAACAACCCCAUAUCGUAUUAAAUCAUGAUAGGAUUCAAACUACAUGUGAUCAAUUGGCACCUUUUGAGAUUUCUCAAGCAAUUGACUAUGGGUAUUGGUUUGAUACGGUAGCAGGGUGUAAUGGAGAUUGGGACUCAAGUAAUUGGUAUAAUAUUGAUACCGGUUAUUUUGGCACGAGGGACGAAACUUGGACAUGUAAUUAUGAUGAUAUGCAUGAUUCAGAUAAUACAUCGCCUCAGUAA